AUGGCGGCUCCAACCAUUAAAUCAUUAUUAAAGAUCCCGUUACGUCUCAAUGUACAAAAGGAUGCACACAACAAAUGGCUUCAGAUUGUGGAAAUGGCACAAGCUACUGUGAAAGACGAAGAUGAAUUUCAGCGAACAUCAGCAAAAGAACGUCUCCAAGGACGAGCCCUCCCACCGCAAGUACUAGGACGAUACUACGCCAGAUAUUGCGAUCUUAUUAAUAAGAUGUAUGAUGCGUACCUUAACAGCAUCCAUCUGCAGCGGUCACCAUAUAUAUUGGAGAUCAUCUCUUUGCUAAUGAAGAGGAUGUAUGAACUUCGAAAUGAAUUGGUGCAUGUAUUAGUCAACGACUAUAUAUAUGUGGACGCGGCGUUACAGCAACUUAGAAUGACGCCUUUUGACAUAGAGAUAGUGCUACCAUAUCACUUCCCUUUGGAGUCCCGAGAAGAAGACAUGGAAUCGCUUUUGCAGAAGAUGUGGGCAGCAGCAAUUAAAAGAAAGAAACGCAAAGGGGAAGAAGUAAACUCACUACUACCAAUACCCAAAGAACCCAAAACCAUUUCACAACAUGGCACCUUGUUAUCCCAAGUUAAUUUACCUGCGAAAGAAGAUGUUGUCGAGGAAGAAACACCAGAACCAAGUGUACAUACAAUCGAAAAUAAGGAUCUGAUUAAUGCAACCAUUAUACAAAAGCAUGAGAGAUACAGGCAAUGGUUUGCAGAACAAUUCAGGGCUAAUUGUAUAAGGAGGAGAACGUACUUUGCUACUGUAGUUGUUGAACCAUCGCCUGAGUUAAAGUACAAAGCUGCUAAAUUAAUACAAAGGGUUUACAGAGAAUAUAUGAAAAUAAAACGUAAACGUAUAAUGGAUACAAAGAGGAACAUCUUACUCGGCCUCGUACCAGACCCGUGUCCAGGUAGACUUGACUUCCAUGAAGAAAAUAAUAAGAUAUACCAAAAACGUCGCGAAACAAGACUAAAGAUCCAAAAAACAUUUUUGAUCGAAGAGGAAAGAGAAAACGCUAGACUUAUAUUAUUCAAAAAGGAUAACCAAAUAUCUGACAUCACUGAUCAAGUGCGAGAGUGGUUUAAAGAAUGGUACUACGGCUAUGGGUUUUUUCCAGAAUAUCCGUAUGAGUUAGAAGGAGGUACAAUAUUGGUCAUAAGGGGGCAGUAUAUAACUAUCGAAGAGAAGCAAAAAGAAGAUGCGAUCCAGUCGAAGCAGCCGAAGGAUAAGGAACAGAUAAAAGCAGAAAAGGCUAGAGCGAAACAAGAAGCCAAGAUCAAAGCAGAACAAGCUCGUAUUGCAAAGCAAAAGGAAGCUCUAGAUGAGUAUAAGGCUAAGAUGAAUCCGCUCACAGAUCCUGGAUACCGGGUAGAACGUUCAGAGGUCGUACCAGAACUAGUUAAUGUGAUGCGAGAAUAUAGGUCAGCCUGGUCGAUCUACGACAUGUUGCCCUCCGCAGAAUGUGGUGAAACGAUUUAUGGCUAUAUGAAGCCAUUACUCACCGAAGCCCUUAUGAGUCAACUGCAUAUUGACUGCAGGAAAUAUGUGGAUGAGCUGAUGAGAUUAGACCUUAAACUUCUGAUCGAAGCACAUCAGAAGUUGUACAAAAGUAUUGGCAAGAAGUUCCCAAAAAUAAAACCCAGACCUAAGCCAAAGAAAAUUCCGGUAUCAAAACCUCUCAUUGUGGACCAGAAGCUACUGAAUAAUAUAGAGGAAAUCUUCGAUUUAGGUAUAAUAAGUAAACCAACAGCGAAACUAAGUGAUGUUUUUGGUGACAUGAACUAUGCCGCUUACGAUUAUAACAUACGUGAUCCGGAUCCUAAAUUCCCACCACCCGGCUACGCUGAUUUCAAGCAGCGUGUAAUGCUGUCCUGCAUACUCGGCUGUGGGAUCCAGCCUGGAGCCACGAAGAACAACGGAGUGAUGCUCUUAGGUCCUGUGGGCAACGGAAAAUCGUUCCUAGUCGAUGUGGUCGCUGGAGAACUUAACGCAGUGAAAAUCGACAUCACCCCAGAAGUCUUCAGCGCAGUAUCGGCUAGACCAGCCAAAGCACUGGCUCAAGUGUUUCUGGCUGCUAGAGUUUUUCAACCAGCCGUUAUCUAUAUGAGAAAUAUUGAAAGAGUGUUCGCAAAGAAAGUGUUGCCAGAGGACAAAUACUUAAAAGCAGCGACAUUGAAGCCUAUUUUGGUGAAAAUGGUUAAACAAAUAAGCGAAAAGGACAAAAUUAUAUUUAUUGCUACAUGCAGUAAUCCAUUUGAAGCUAAUCGAGGCCCAAUGCUGUCGUGUUUCAACGAAGUUAUUCUUGUUCCAAGAACCGACUACGGAUCACUUUUUAAAUUCUUCUACUAUAAGUUUCAGAGAGAAAUUAGUGUACCUCGCGACUUCCCCAUCAGUAGCCUGGCGCAGUUGUGUCGAGGGUACGGCUUUGGAUCAAUCAUCAAAGCUUAUAACCAAGUUAUGUGUGCUGAGAGAAUAGUCAGUAUGAAUGUUACUCCGUUGUCUCCAGGAGAGUUUCUGGACAAAGUGUUCGAUGCAGGAGUUCUUCUAGACGAUGAUGAUUACCAACAGUAUGUUAAUUUUUAUCUGGAUAAUUCACCAAUCAAGAAAGAAAGAGAAGAAUAUAAUGUAAUCAACAUGUACAGAGCUGAGCAUUAUAAGAAAAUGGCCAAACUAGAGAUGGAAGCAAAGAAAAAGAAAGGAUAA